AGAAGUAUGCCCCUGUGAUAGCUACAAAGGAUACUCCAAAGCGAUCUCAGACAUAGCAGCCAAAGGUUCCAUUAAACAAACUCUUCCAUCCCUUUCUCUCUCCCUCAUUCCCUCUCCUCCCAAAUCCAUCCAUCUAUCCAUCCCCCUCCUCUUAAGACAAAAUCCCAACACAUGCUCCUCGAUCCCAUAAACCCUUCUUCCUCCUCCCCCCUUCUACUUAUCUAUCAGAGUCAUUCUGAUCGCCAUUAAUCUUAAAAUGAUAAGCUUUCAGGACUUUUACCAUGUCAUGACCGCCGUUGUCCCCCUAUACGUCGCCAUGCUCCUCGCCUACUCCUCUGUCAAACACUGGCGCAUCUUCACCCCUGAUCAAUGCUCCGGCAUCAACCGCUUCGUCGCCCUCUUCGCCGUCCCUCUUCUAUCCUUUCAUUUCAUCUCCACCAACAACCCCUUCUCCAUGAACCUCCGCUUCCUCGCCGCCGACUCCCUUCAAAAACUCCUCGUCCUCGCCUCCCUCGCCCUCUGGCCUACUCUCUCCCGCCGCUCCUCUUCCCUCGACUGGUCCAUCACCUUUUUCUCCCUCUCCACCCUCCCCAACACCCUCGUCAUGGGCAUCCCUCUCCUCAAAGGCAUGUACGGCGACUUCUCCGGCAGUCUCAUGGUUCAAAUCGUCGUCUUGCAGUGCAUAAUUUGGUAUACUCUGAUGCUCUUCAUGUUCGAGUAUCGCGCUGCAAGGUUGCUCAUUGCAGAGCAAUUCCCCACCACCGCGGCUUCCAUUGUUUCGAUCACCGUCGAUUCGGAUGUGCUUUCGCUUGACGGUCGCCGGGAGGCGAUUGAGACGGAGGCGGAGGUGAAGGAGGGUGGGAAGAUGCACGUGACGGUGAGGCGUUCUAAUGCUUCCAGAUCGGAUGUUUAUUCACGCCGGUCGGGACAGGGGUUCGCCGGCGCGGUGGCGACGCCGCGGCCGUCGAAUUUGACGAAUGCGGAGAUCUACUCGUUGCAAUCUUCGAGGAAUCCUACGCCUCGGGGAUCGAGUUUUAAUCACACGGAUUUCUACUCUAUGGUUGGCCGGAGCUCUAAUUUUGGCUCCGGCGAUGUUUAUGGGUUGCGCGGUGGGGCAAAUACACCUCGGCCGUCUAAUUUUGAGGAAGAGAAUAGCGUUCCUGCUGUGGGAAGUAAGACGAGGUUGCAUUACCCUGCGCCGAAUCCGAGCGUUUUGGGGAGGAAGAUGGUGAAGGCGGAGGAGGCCGGCGGCGGCGGCGUGGGGAAGGAUUUACACAUGUUUGUGUGGAGCUCAACCGCUUCUCCGGUAUCGGAUGUGUAUGGAAAUAAUCAAGAUUAUGGCUUUCCGGCAGCGGGGGAGGCGAAUGGGGCCAAGGAAGUUAGAUUGACUGUUUCUCCGACCAAAGGGGAAGGUAGGAAAGAGGAGUUUUUGGGAAGGGAGGACUUCAGCUUUGGGAACAGAGGAGUAAUGAGGGAGGGAGAAGGUGUGCCCGGCGCUGGUGAUGAAGAGAAGAUGCCGGAGGAAGUUGUGAAAGGCAGUGCGGCGGCGGCGGCGGCGAUGCCGCCGACGAGUGUGAUGACAAGACUAAUACUGAUAAUGGUUUGGAGAAAGCUAAUUCGAAACCCGAAUACAUAUUCCAGCCUUAUUGGUGUGGUUUGGGCAUUAAUCUCCUACCGAUGGAAUAUUAAGAUGCCUGCCAUUGUUUCCAAAUCAAUUUCCAUAUUGUCGGAUGCUGGUCUGGGAAUGGCAAUGUUCAGCCUCGGUCUGUUCAUGGCAUUGCAGCCGAGGAUUAUAGCAUGUGGAAACAAGGUGGCAGCUUUCUCCAUGGCUUUGAGAUUCCUGGUUGGCCCAGCUAUUAUGGCGGCCCCCCCCCCUCCCCGCCGCUUUAGGGGGGUCUGUUCUGAAUCAAGCAAUUAACAGGCGGCGCUUCCGCAGGGGAUCGUCCCCUUCGUCUUCGCUAAAGAGUACAGUGUUCAUCCUUCCAUUCUCAGCACAGCGGUUAUAUUUGGAAUGCUGAUAGCUCUGCCCAUAACGCUGGUAUACUAUAUUCUGCUGGGGCUGUAGAAAGGUAAAGGUCGAAAUUUUGAGAGGCAGAAGGAGAGAAAUCCGUGAGAAGUGGGAAGACGAAGAAGGUGGCUAGGAGAAGAUAUUUGGGGAAUAUGAGAAAAUCGAUCGGCUCGUGAAUUGGACCCGGUUCGGUUCCCUUGAAUCUAUUUAUUGUAUUGUAAAAUCUGUUUUUUUUUUUUCAGCAAGCUAAUCAAUCUGUGGGAUC